UUGACCACGUCAACAACUUUCACCUCCAUUCACCCCGCGCCCUGCACUAGACAGCCCCAACGAUCCCCACCCCCCAGACGUCCCGGCACUGAUUCCAGAUACCCCGUGUCACAAACAUGGGACAUGUUAUUUAGAUUCCAUACAUAAUUAAUGAGCCGGCUAAUUGUCGCAGCGGCUAUUGAUUCAGACAGUAGUUGCCCAUGUCUUCUGUCUAGCGCUAGCAGGCCAGUAGCAGAUAUGUGACACUGGACAGCAUUUAAUUAUUCCAUUCACACCUCGGAGUAAGAUUUGCAUUGUUCUAUUCAUAAUACGCGCUGGUCAAACCUAUUGUAUUACGGAGUGAACGUCUUCUAGAAAGGGAGAUCAGUGAAGUCAAAAAAUUACUGGAUUAUCUUUAAAUUUAAACCAACACCUUAUUUAGUUCUUUCAAAAGUUGUACGCAUUUGUAUUAUUUCAUACCGUGAACAAGUUCUUAAACCGGAUGUUAUUAUUUCUGUGUCCUGUUAAGGGAGAUCACUCGAUUUAAAUAACCCGGAUUACCUUCUAACCUUUGAACUGGAAAAACCCAAGAACCAGCAUUCUAUUCUGUCCGCUAUAUGUUUGGAAAGUCCUAAACAACGACCCCAGUUCCACUACAGUAUGGCGGACACCGACCAAAGGAACAGAGUAGUCUUCCUCGGCGCGGGGCGUGUCGGGAAGACCGCCAUCUUGAAGAGGUUCCUCUUCAACACCUUCCAGGAGGAGUACAAGGAGACGGUGGAGGAUUUGUACGCACGUGACUACAACAUCCGGGGCUCGUUGAUCAAGGUGGAUUUCCUGGACACGGCGGGGAACUUGACCUUUCCGGCCAUGAGGCGGCUGUCCAUCACGACUGCGCAUGCGUUUGUGUUGGUGUAUUCCAUCACGCUGGCCGAGUCGUUUGAAGAGGUCAAGAAACUGUGGGCACAGAUUCAGGAGGAGAGGGCCAGCUAUAGGGAACUUCCCUGUGUGAUAGUCGGCACCAUGAUGGACCUGGAGAACGGCAGACAGGUGGAGAAGUUCGACACGCUCAACUGGAUCUAUAGCAACAGUUUUUCUGGCGGCUUUGUUGAGGUGUCGGCAAAAGAGGACGAAAACAUCGAGGACAUCUUCCGUCUUCUGCUCGACCAGUCACGGGGUGAAGGUCGCCACGUGGGGGCGCUCAGUCACGUGCUCUCGACGCGCAGGCGCAGUGCCAACUCUCUGGAUGAAAGCGAACCGGAGAAGAGCGAAGAGUGGGACAGUGAUGCCAAGAACUUUAACAGAAGUCGCAGUCUUGUUAGGCGGGGUUCGAAACCCAAGGUGAAGAGGACCCACCGUCGGGGCAAGCAUGACUGCCGUGUGUCGUGACCUAGUUCCACAUCGGCUCCAGAACGUGCGCGUGACUGGUUGUCUACUCGAGAAAUGACGUCACUGUUCUAUCUAUUCAAGGUCGCACCUGUGCGGUGUGACGUCAUCCUUGUCACCUGCAUGUUCUGAAGAAAAAAAGAAAAAGAAGUGCGCUAAAUUGGAUGCCAUUGGAUGGGAAUUUUUAUUCAUUUUUUUAAUGAAUGUCGAAACAUACUCAUUGAUGAAAGUGUAAGAAUUUAAAUUAUUGGCUGUCAAUGCAACGUCAUAGCUCUCUGCGCAUGUCUAUUUCUAUCUUGGUAAUGAUACAGGUAAUGACUGCGCAUGUCUUGUGGAAGUGUAUGUUUGUAUGAGGCUGUCACAUAUUGCUUGAAUGCCACAUAUACAUAUUAGUGUAAUAGGUUUGUACGCUUUUAUCACUAUUUUUAAACUUCGUUGUAGGCCUAUAUGCAAAACCAUGCAGUUUAUACAUUAGAUUUUGUAUGUGCAAGUAGUGUCUUUGUCAAACUAUUUUAGUAGAUAGCUUUUUCAAUCCACGGGUUCAUCAACUUGUGAUUUGAAGGAGAAAAACUGCUCGAUUAUUUUAUUUUUUAUAUUGUGAUCGGUCUUGUUUAUUUCAUGCAUUUUUUUGGAGGCGGUAUGUUCACAUACGAGAGAGAGAACAAUUUUAAAUAAAAUUAAGCUCUGAUUUUGUACUUGUUUGCUACAAACAGUCGUGGAAAUUAUUUGUUUCUAGUCGUUUCUUGGGCUUGAGUCUGAAAACCUAUUCAGUUCUGAUCACGGGAUUGGUCACUAGAGAUUUUCAGUCAAGUGUUUUGUCUUGAUAAGAAUUUGGUGUGCUUUAUUGUAUCAAAGUUGAUUAAAUUAUUGCCUAUAUGGAGUGUAUAUGUUAUUUAUUGUUUGUUUCAUUUGCGUCCAUACUUGCUUAAUUGAUUAAAGGACUAAAUCUGUUAUAGUCAUAAUACUGUUUUUAUGAAUGCACAUAUAGUAAAGUUUUUCAACAAGCACUAUCGACUGUAAACAUUGGGCGUGUGUUGAUUAACUGAAUUUUGGUAUGUGUGACUUGUCGUGUGUGCGAAACUUUUAAAACAAAUUUCAUUUUUGUGAAGUCAAAAUGAAAUGUUGCUGUUUCAAUAUAAUGUAAAGUACAGAGGGAAUGUUGCUGUUUUAGCACAAUGUAAAAGUAAAGAAUCUUUGUUGCUGUUUCAGCACAAUGCAAAGUACAGAAGGAAUGUUGUUUUCCUCAGUACAAUGUAAAGUAUAGAGGGAAUUUUGCUGUUUCAGUAUAAUGUAAAGUACAGAAGGAAUGUUGCUGUUUCAGCACAAUGUAAAGUAUAGAAUGAAUGUUGCUGUUUCAGUACAAUGUAAAGUAUAGAAUGAAUGUUGCUG